UGUAUCCGGCCGAAGGGCGUUUGCUGCGCGUUACAUGCCUUUCUUUUUUUGCCUUUGCCAACCUUGACAUCUAUAUGAAAGAAACCUUCACCUUGCGACUGAAGUCCCCUGAUGUCCCGUUGCCGCCUGUCACUUAGUAACUCGCCCGGGUUCCGUGCAAGCAACGACCAAUCCAUAUCUGCCCGCCUAAAGUACAAAGACCCCCAUCAAUAAAGAAGCAACCUCCAAGAUGGUCCGUAACAUGGUCCUCCUCUCCGGCACUUCCCACCCGGGCUUUGUCGACUCGGUUGCCUCCAUCCUCGGCAUCUCGCCCUCGAGCCGCGUACUCGCCAAGUUCUCGAGCGGCGAGACCCGCUGCGAGAUCAAGAACUCGGUGAGAGGCAAGGACGUGUACAUCGUCCAGACCUUUGGGGUCGGGCCCGGCGGACGCAAUGGGGAUUCGGACGGGGAGGUGGAAGGGGCCCACACGGUCAACGACUACUUCGUUGAGCUCUGCAUCAUGAUCUCGGCUUGCAAGACUGGUAGCGCGAGGAGGGUCACGGCCGUGCUGCCGCUGUUUCCCUAUUCGAGGCAGCCGGAUCUGCCGUUCUCCAAGGCCGGCGCCCCGCUGGUUGCCGGCGCCGGGAGGACGCGCCGUGGCGAGAAGGGCGAUGGCUACUACACGUUCGAGAGCGUGCCUGUUACGCCGGGCCCGAAUAUCCCGAGGACGGCGGGGUUGAUGAUGAGCGCGGGGUUGGAUGUGGGCGAGGUGAUGGCAGGGCUUCCUCCUUCGGGGAACAGGGAGGAACAGUUACCGACAAAUGGGACCGGGACAGCGGGAGGGAAUGGACAGGCCGCUCCGUCGCGUCCCGGCAGCUAUACGACGCACGACUACGAGAACCCGGCGCUGAUGAUGGCGUUGCACGCCAGGUCCGGACACAAGAUGCUCAUGGCCCAAGCCGGGUCGCUGGUGGCGGACUUGUUGACUUGCGCUGGCGCGGACCGGAUUCUGACCUGCGACCUCCAUGAGAGUUCAUACCAGGGCUUCUUCGACAUCCCCGUUGAUAAUCUCUGUGCUCGCCCGCUCCUGAAACGCUACAUUCAGUUAAAUAUCCCUAACUACCGUGAUGCUGUGAUAGUCAGUCCCGACGCAGGCGGUGCUAAACGUGCCACCGCAAUAGCUGACAGUCUCAGGCUCGCUUUUGCCCUCAUCCACAAGGAACGCCGCUCGCCGAAGAUCUCUGACGGCCCCAAAGCAACAAUGAUGCUAGUCGGCGACGUCGCGUCGCGCGUGUGCAUCCUAAUCGACGACCUGGUCGACACGGGAAACACCAUCACGCGCGCUGCCAAGCUGCUGAAGCGGGAGGGCGCCGUCAGAGUCGUUGCGCUGCUGACGCACGGCGUGCUAAGCGGCGACGCCAUUGCUAGGAUCAACGCCUCUGCGCUGGACAGGAUCGUGGUGACAAAUACCGUUGCGCAGGAAGCGCACCGGGCCGCGUGUGAUAAGCUGGAGGUGCUGGAUAUCAGUGCAACGUUUGCCGAGGCGAUAAGGAGGGUGCACCAUGGUGAGAGCAUCAGUAUGCUGUUUCAUGAAUGAGUGGUAUGCGCCGUUGGGAUAACGGAGGUGCGGGUUGGCCUGCCCGGUCUAGAGCGCCUUGUCUCGUCAAAGAUCUGGGGCAAAGCUGUAUUCCUAUGUAGAUGCCUGAUAGUACCUACCUCGGGUAUUGUCGUUCAUUUCUUUCGUGCUGGCGAGGCUAUCGGUGUGGGAUAUGUUUUUCCAUUACUAUCGUUGUCCCCUCAUGAUCCCUGGUUAGCUUGGAUACCUUACGUAAAGGUAGAUGUUGUGUUACGAGGGAUAGUUGCUGGCUUCAUUCAGGAGGAAAGGAACAGAGCAUCGCCAGGUUGCCAUGAUACCCAUCCGGCAAUAGUACUUAGAUAGCGAAUUGUAUUCUCUCAGUCUCUCAAACCUCUCUCGGCCAGAUCAUGA